ACUUUAAAAUGGAGAGCGCUGCCCAUGCUCUCACAGAAGUCUUAAUGGGACAGAUACAAUGAUGCGGUGUCUAUCUAAGUUGAUGGGUGCGAUAUAUCAGUCACUGAGCUAAAUUGACUUUUGCGAGGAGCGUUAUCAGAGCAGCCAGUCAAACAACUCUCUAUGCCUGACUGCAUCACAACUGCGGAUAACGUUCAAGACUCUCAUUAGACACAUAGUGGUUGACGAGAAUAAAACAUUCUAGUGCCCUUACUUGGAAGCUUCUCCGAUACGCAAAAGAAAGGUACUUUUGUGGUAUUCUCAACAACGCGUGUUUUCCUGAAAGAAUAUUCAACAAGUGAACCAAGAAUGAUUCCACCACCCAGUCCAGGGCUCACCGACACAAGAUGCCGCGGUCAGACCGAGACGAACCGGGGAGCCACUGCGCUUCUUCUGGACAACAUCAAAACCCCAAUCAGGACCGAGUCAUUUAAGGAACUAUACAACGUUAUACCUGGCAAAGAGCUAGGCAGGGGAAAGUUUGCCAUAGUGAAAAUGUGCAUGGAGAAGAGCACAGGGACAGAGUAUGCAGCCAAGUUCCUGAAGAAGCGAAGGAAGGGUCAGGACUGCAGAGUGGAGGUGCUCCACGAGAUCGCUGUGCUGGAGCUCACCAACACUAGCCACAGAAUUAUCAACCUGCACCAAGUCUACGAGACCCUGACAGAGAUGGUCCUGGUGCUCGAGUAUGCGGCGGGAGGGGAGAUCUUUAACCAGUGUGUUGCCGAGAGAGACGAGGCCUUCACCCAGGAGGAGGUCAAAUGGUUAAUGAGACAGAUCCUGGAGGGUGUGGCCUUCCUACACAGGAACAACAUUGUCCACCUGGACCUCAAGCCUCAGAAUAUCCUGCUGACCAGUGCCUGUCCUCUGGGGGAUAUAAAGAUAGUGGACUUUGGCCUUUCCAGAAGGCUGUGUCAGAACCAGGAGCUCAGGGAGAUCAUGGGCACACCAGAGUAUGUCGCCCCAGAGAUUCUAAAUUAUGAACCAAUCAGCACAGCAACUGACAUGUGGAGCAUAGGGGUGUUGGCCUACAUGAUGUUGACGGGGACUUCACCAUUUCUUGGAGAAGACAAGCAGGAGACUUUCCUCAACAUCUCCCAGAUCAACAUUGACUACACAGAGAAUGAACUCCAGGACCUCUCAGCCAUCCACUUCAUCCAGUCACUCCUCAUCAAAGAGCCCAAGUCUCGUGCCACUGCUGAAGAGUGCCUGAGGCAUCAUUGGCUCCAGGAGCAAGCCCAGAAGAAGACUGAAGAGAAUAUCACCAGUGAGAUCUGCCAAUGGGAACAUGACAAGUCUGCCCCCCCUUCCUCAUUAUCCUCAGAGGAGGAAGGUCCUGUGGUAGAGGAGCUGAUGGUAGUAGCAGCCUACACCAUAGGUCCGUGCCGGCCAACGGUGCCCAACCCAGAGACUCUGUUUCCGGAUGCGAAGGCUGUCUCUAAGCGGUUCACGUUCGAGGAGCCACGCUGCUCCCUACAGAAGACCAUCUUCUGAUAGAAGGGUAGGCCUAUAAGCACUCCAACUGUAGAUGGGAUCUUUACUGAUUGGUGUGUGGUAAACAAUUUACAAGUCUCCACUCACAAGCCAAACUAUGUCUGCAUCACAUUUUUAUUAAUUUUAAAACAAUUUUAAUGAACUACUGACGUUUUGUUUGCCAUUCUUUCACAUUCGGUCAAUGUUGUUCAUGUUCUGCUUGUUUAUCAUUCUUUUCCUAAUAUUCAUGCAGUACGUUCAGCUUUCAUGAGUACAAUUGUUCAUCAUAACUUCAAUUAAUCUAUAUCACUGAUUAUUUCCAUGUCUUAUAUAUUUCAUUUUCACUGAUUAAUUAGGACAUUACUAUUUAUUCACAAUCAUACAUCAUAGUGCAAUAGAACACUAUGGGAGACAUUUUCUGGUCGCACAGAUUGUGUAUAGUACAACUGGAACCAAUGACAAAAUUAUUUUUUCCAAGUGCCGGCUAUAAAGAUAUGAUGGCUUUGUACUAAGCAAUUACAUUGUUAAUUUGCUCUUUACAGUACCUUCAUUCUCCUAAGGCAUGUACAUAUUGCUCAGGACAGCACUGUUUAUAAUGAAUGUGCAUGACAUGUAAUGCAUAAAUGGCACUUAUUUCCUUGUACAAUGUAUGUAAAUGUCUUGAGGAUGUACAAAGCAUCAAUAAACAUUGGUCAAAGCAA